AUGCUGAUGAUGGGAAGAGGGAAGGUAGAUGUAAGUGGGUUUGGAGGGUGGUUUAUAUGUUUCUUUGGUGGUUCUAUUCAGGGUCGCGGUUUUGGAGGGCGUAUGUUGGUAAGGUUGUGUGAUUUGGGCAUGUCAUCAUCGCGGGGUGGGAGGUUCGUGAACAGAACAGGGGUGGUUGGUUUGGGUUGGGUCUCGCGGGAUCAGGGACCCUGUGAGAGGGGAUGA